CAUAAACAUUACCACCGCCCAGGAGAGGAACACAGGUCAGAUCAUCAUACAUUAAGGUACAAGUCGUUCCAAGACUCAGGGGUCACAGAUGCCUCCCCUAAAGCCCGUCGAGCGUUUGGAGCGGCUAUGUAGUUGGAAAAUAGCCAAUCACCUGUUUGGGGUCUUCUCCUCUUGGUACACAGACGUGAGUGAUGCCUCGGACACCAGUGAAGCCUGUGUGGGUCGUGAGGUGAAGCGUGGGAGAAUGAGUGAACUUUGUGGGUCUAUGGACGGUGUGUCGAGUGAUGGUGAAGUUAAGGAUGAUUGGUUCAUCUCACACCUCAAGUACAGUGACGCUUGUACAGACGACGAUGACUCCAGGACUGGGGUGUUGUCCCCGGUCUCUCCCCAGUACCAGACGGUCAAUGCCGUCACCCAGUGGCUGGCUCGAGAGGUCAGGGACUUCGUGACGUGGCAUUUGGCUCCCAGGUUCCACGAGGAUAUUUUAGCCACGGUAAUAAACGUGAUUGCGUCCAGGGUAGAAAUCCCCCGAUCGAAGGAGAAAUUACGGGUAUACGAGGAAGAUCUGUACUUCCUCAACUCUCUGGGUUUUCUCGUCAGUGUGAGUUUAAAGUGUCUGCUGACCAGAGGCGUCGCAUCUCUGGAUUUCUCCCACGUGUCGCACUUACUGAAGAGGUGGAAGAUGUUGUGUUGGGGGGGGGACACCAUCCAGAGGGGCGGCGGCAACCGCGAGAGUCCGUACUUCGACGUGUUCGGCUACGCCUUGGACGUCGGCGUGUCGGGUCUGGGAACGCUCAAGUACAUUAAGCUGCCACACUUUGUCCAUAACAGUUUUGUGAGGAAGGUCGCGUAUCUCUGCCCCAAUCUAGAAAUUCUGAUUUUACGUUGUUCGGCGGACUGUGCCAACCCCAAGCACGACGUACCCGUGGUGACCAACGUGGAGGUCCUCUACGGCGACUCGGUCUCGUGCGCCGACGGCCAGGUGAGAAUAAUCCCCGGCUGUAAGGACCUGGUGACUCUGGCGUUACCCGAGGGCGUCGAAACUCUGGACGUGACCAACGACGCCAUCGAGAUGUUGGCGUACAUGCCCAACCUGGAGUACCUGGUGGGUGCCCCCAUGAUCUACGUCACAGAGGAGUUUGAGGAAAUAUUCGAGACGUUGCCCGGACCGCAGAAGCUGACUAACUUUCACCACGGUGCGUACCCCAAGUCCAACUGGCCGUCGUUUGUCUACGAGGAAUCUCUGCAGGAGCCCAACCCAGAGUACCUGUCUAGAGUGUUCUCCCAGGUGAGGGAGGUGGGCAUAUACGCCCCGACGGAGGUCACGGAGAAGGUGCUCCAGAGCUUCUCCAAGGCUCAGGACGUAACGAUAUUUACGGACGACUUCGAGGUCCACGGCAAAUACCUGAAGAACCUGACGGCGCUGGACAUCAACGUCGGGUACCAAGAGGAGUGGCCCAUACUCCUCUCCCUCAGCCAGACGUCGCCCAGGCUGGAGCAGUUAACCCUACGGUCGUUCUCUCUGCAGGUGAGCGGUACUCUGGACCACAAACCACGUCUGCCCUUCUUACACACGCUCAAAUUCCACGGUCAGAACGUCCUUCAGGCCGAGGCUCUCCUGACGUUCAUACACGGCUGUCCCCUCGUCACCACGUUCGUCCUGUCGAUGAUCACAGACGAGGAUGGGGAAGGACAGCUAGAUGACGACAUCCUCCUUCGGGCGGCUCCUCUCUUACCCAAUGUUCAAAAAUUUGUUUAUAAAGUACAAAGUGCCCUGAGGACCAUGGACGGCGUGCCCUGCAGCCUCACCAGCAGGUCGUGUGAGGCCUUACUAGGGGCAUGUCCUCAGCUCACCUGCCUGGGCCAGCUUGAGACGUGGAAGUUGACCAGGUCUGACAUAAACCUUCUGCAGGAGAAAAUUAGGAAGAGGAAUUGGGAUUUGGAAAUUGUAUAACAAGUGAGGGGGUUGUGAGUGCGUUACUGUGUUGUACAACCUAUCAGAAUAUUGUACAACCAAUCAGAAUAUUGUACAACCAAUCAGAAUAUUGUACAACCUAUCAGAAUAUUGUACAACCUAUCUUAAUAUAAUUUAAAGUGACAAUAAAGUUUUUUUCUUUGUAUAAA